AUGACUCAGUCCCACCGUCGAGCACAACAAUGGGACAUCGGACGAAACAAAAUCCGUGCUCCUGGGAUUAAAACAACCACUGUGGGGAAAAUCAGCCCGAACCGUGCUCCACUAGAUCUUACCCAUGCAUCGCCAGCGCUUUCGCCAGGACUACACGACACUGGGCACGUCAUGGACGGACAUGCAGCGGCACGCUGGCAAGCUCCGCGGACUCGCCAGGGGAAUAAGGGAUGGCAAUUGCUAGACGGGCCGAACCACUUUCUAAAGGAGGCACCUCUACCGACCGUCUCCAUAACACCUCUCCCUGACACAGAACCGGAGCGCGUGGCCCCUCGAUCCUAUCCCCGUCACCAUGGCUUGCCUCAAACGUCUCACCAGAGUAGGCGGCAACCGGCUUGCCCGAACCCAAAUCAUUCACCGGACGAGAAUUCUCUUUACUCAGGGCAACGACCUUCCAAAAGAGUCCGGUUCUUGGAACCUCCCACUCACCGCUCUCAUCCUGAUAAUACGGGGCCCGCUGAAGCUCGCGCCCAGCGCCACGUCGAGAACCAGCACCACAGACCUGGCACUGCUGCUCCCUCGCAGUUGCCGCGGAGCACAGGUCAGGCUGCUCUACACAUAGCGGAGGUACAGCAUCUGAAUAGGGUGUGCGCCAGCCCAGGGACUUUUCACAACAAUGCUGGAGUUGAAGAUGUUAAAAUAUGGAACGGCAUAAAGUAUGAGCGUAGGACUAAGGGGCCGUUCGUGGGAAGAUUCGCGUCGCGGGGCGCGAUCAUUAACAUUGACGGGGAGGAGUAUGUCGAGUAUCGCGUUUUAACGAAGCCAUCCUUCUUGUAA